AUGAGUUCUGGUUCAUCACAUCCUUAUCGUCAAGUAACUUCAUCCAGUAGCAGUGCAACUACUGCCACUACCACUGCUACCACUGCUACCACUGCUACCACACCUUAUCCUCUUCUGGAUCUCAAUCAAACUAGCCAAAGUGACCCCUCUGAUAGCUCUCCUAGUAUGACUGAAGUUAAUUCAGGAAUGGAAGAUUUGCAUUUACCUCCUAAUCAAAACAAUAAACCAUAUAUACAGCAUGAUUCUUCAGAACUGAUGCCACAGUAUCAAUACGAGCCUAUUCCACCGCCACAACAUCAGUAUCAUUACCCACAACAAUACCAACAGCAGCAACAGCAGCCACAAUCACAACAACAUUACGCGCGUCAUGCAUCUGCGCCACAGCAUCAACACCAACAACAUCAUCAUCAUAAUCAUAGUCAUAAUCAUCCCACACCACAGCCACAAAGACAAAAGUACCGAAGCUUGUUAGGCGGUGAUGAUGCUGCUGACAAGCAACAGCGUUUAUCAAGCUUGCCUACUCAUUUGGUCCCAAAUAUUUCGCAUUCAUCUUCAGGCAACUCUUCACCUAGAAUGGCUGGACAAUUGUCACCAACUGACCAACAGUUCUACCAACAGGAGCAGCCACAACAACCACAACAAGUGGUGCCGGAUCCAGCCGUGUACGAUUCACCCAAGAUUGGAGUCACUGAAAUCACAUCGCCACCAACUGCACCCUAUCCGAUAUAUGAUUCUACUCCUUCGUCACCGCCUUCAAACCCAUUAUCAGCUACUUCGUCUGUGGUUAAUCUCAACCUCAACAAUAAUAGCAACACCAACAAUAUAGAUCACCAAAUUUUCAGUAGAUCUGAAAAUAACUUGAGUACGCCUUCAGUUGCCGUAUCGACAAAAUAUGGACAUAACCGUUCAGUAUCAUCCACAUCAUCAUUUUUUUAUGAUCGUAAUGAUAAUUCGUCGAUGGUUGAUUUUAACCAAAAUGUGAUUCAACAGUAUUUGGGUUCGAAUUCAUCCAAUUUAUUACCCAGAAUCAAGACCUUGGAAUUGUAUCGCAAAAAUGCCAAAAAGUCAAAUGAUCCAAAUGUAUUGUUUCAAUAUGCCCAGUAUAUGUUACAAACAGCAUUGAUGUUGGCAGUUGAAUCGGCAAAUAAUACGAAUAUCAACACAGCUACUACUAAUGCGCCAUUGUCUUUUUCAUCAGAAUCGGGUGACAAUACCCCCAUAAACAAUAGGUCAAUUGAAAAUUCUCCUCGCAAGCCCGAUACUUCCAGCAAAGAUAAAGAUAAACACAAGAAGAAUAAAUCAAUUGAUUUUUCAACUAUAGAAGUGGAAGGUAAUGAAAAGAAGUUGCGUAAGGCAUUUUUGAAAGAGGCAGUAUUUUAUUUAAAAAAGUUAUCAGAUAAAGGGUAUGUUGAAGCCCAAUAUUUAUUAGGUGAUGCUUAUAGUUCAGGAGCAUUGGACAGAAUUGAUAACAAAGAUGCAUUUAUUCUUUUCCAAGCGGCAGCUAAACAUGGACACACUGAAAGUGCUUACCGUACUUCAUACUGUUAUGAAGAAGGGUUGGGUACAGGCAGAGAUGCAAGAAAAGCUGUUGAGUAUUUGAAAAUUGCUGCUUCAAGAAAUCAUCCUGCAGCAAUGUAUAAAUUGGGAGUCUAUUCGUUCUACAGUAGAAUGGGAUUGCCCAAUGAUAUGAAUACGAAGAAGAUGGGAAUCAAGUGGUUGACUAGAGCUACUAAUGUCGCUACUGAAUUGACUGCUGCAGCACCAUUUGAAUUGGGUAAAUUAUAUUACAACGGGUUCAAGGAUAUUGUCUUGCUAGAUAAGAAGUAUGCCUUGGAAUUAUAUGCACAAGCAGCAUCUUUGGGCCAUACGCAGUCAGCCGCCAUAUUAGGCCAUCACUAUGAAGUGGGAGAAAUUGUUCCCCAAGAUUCAAACUUGUCUAUUCAUUACUACACGCAAGCAGCAUUAGGAGGUGAUCCCAAUUCAAUGUUGGCCAUGUGUGCUUGGUACUUGGUUGGGUCUGACCCAUAUUUGCCAAAAGACGACCAAGAAGCUUUUGAAUGGGCUAAACGCGCAGCAUUGUGUAAUUUACCUAAAGCUCAAUUUGCCUUGGCCAAUUUCUACGACAAGGGAAUUGGAUGCACAAAGGAUGUCAAGGAAGCGCAACAUUGGUAUACUAAAGCAGCAGAGAACGGAGAUGAGAAAUCGUUGACUCGAUUGACUGAUAAGGAGUUGCUGGCUAAGAUUCAAAAGAAGUUGAAAAAGAGGCCGGUUGUUGCUCAUGCCGAUGGCAGUGCAGCACAGGAAAAGGACUGCGUGAUUAUGUAG